CUUGGGACUCACCGCUGCCCCCAGCUCCUAAUCCGGGGCGAGCGCAGAGCCACCCAGCGCACGAAGCAGAUCCCGGGCGCGUGAGGGCGACCACCGUGGGCGCGCUGGGCAUGAACCUGGAAGGCGGAGGCCGAGGCGGAGAGUUCGGCAUGAGCUCGGUGAGCUGCGGGAACGGGAAACUCCGCCAGUGGCUGAUCGACCAGAUCGACAGCGGCAAGUACCCGGGCCUGGUGUGGGAGAACGACGAGAAGAGCAUCUUCCGCAUCCCCUGGAAGCACGCCGGCAAGCAGGACUACAACCGCGAGGAGGACGCAGCGCUCUUCAAGGCGUGGGCACUAUUCAAAGGCAAGUUUCGAGAAGGCAUAGAUAAACCUGACCCUCCUACCUGGAAGACACGUCUGCGAUGUGCCUUGAACAAGAGCAAUGACUUCGAGGAGCUGGUGGAGAGGAGCCAGCUGGACAUCUCCGACCCCUACAAAGUCUACAGGAUUGUUCCUGAGGGGGCCAAAAAAGGAGCAAAGCAGAUGAACCUGGAAGACCCGCAGAUGACCAUGAGCCACCCCUACACUAUGACCACUCCUUACACCUCCCUCCCAGCGCAGCAGGUUCAUAACUACAUGAUGCCUCCCCAUGAUCGAAGCUGGAGGGAAUAUGUCCCUGAUCAGUCGCACCCUGAAAUCUCCUAUCAAUGUCCUGUGACAUUUGGACCCCGAAGCCAUCACUGGCAAGGCCCAGCAUGUGAAAAUGGUUGCCAGGUGACAGGAACCUUUUAUGCUUGUGCCCCGCCUGAGUCCCAGGCUCCCGGGAUCCCAAUAGAGCCAAGCAUAAGGUCUGCUGAAGCCUUGGCUCUCUCAGACUGCCGACUCCACAUCUGCUUGUACUACCGGGAGGUCCUGGUGAAGGAGGUGACCACGGCCAGCCCGGAAGGCUGUCGGAUCUCCCACGGCCACACCUAUGACGUCAGUAACCUGGACCAGGUCCUCUUCCCCUACCCAGAGGACAAUGGCCAGAGGAAAAACAUUGAGAAACUGCUGAGCCACCUGGAGAGGGGUGUGGUCCUCUGGAUGGCCCCCGACGGACUUUACGCCAAAAGACUAUGCCAGAGCCGUAUCUACUGGGACGGGCCCCUGGCCCUGUGCAGCGACAGACCCAACAAACUGGAGAGAGACCAGACCUGCAAGCUCUUUGACACGCAGCAGUUCCUAUCAGAGCUGCAAGCAUUUGCUCACCAUGGCCGGUCCCUGCCAAGAUUCCAGAUCACUCUGUGCUUCGGGGAGGAGUUUCCAGACCCUCAGAGGCAGAGGAAGCUCAUCACUGCUCAUGUUGAACCUCUUCUGGCCAGACAGCUGUAUUAUUUUGCUCAACAAAACAGCGGACAUUUCUCAAGGGGCUAUGAUUUACCUGAACACAUUAGCAGUCCUGAGGAUUAUCACAGAUCUAUUCGCCACUCCUCUAUUCAAGAAUGAAAAUUUCACUGUGGUGGCAUAGCCACACACUCAGCAGCCUUCCAGCCAUGAACGUAAAAAGACAAGUACUUUUGCUUCCUUGUAAAUAUCUGACUGAGGAGAACAACCAACUGAACCCCUUUUUUUCUUUUGAGGAACUUGGAAAUUAGGGCUUUGGUUCAACUGUUGAGCAGAAUCUCAUCAAGAAUAUCUCUGGGCAAUAGCUAGGACAUGAACAGUUGUGCUGAUCCCCCAAGCAGGAUGAUCUUCAGGGUCGGCUGUGGCCUGCUGUCCUUGAUGUUAACUGUGAAAAUUGACCAACGGGUGCGUUUACAUUUAUUCAAAUGCUUUCUUUAACUUGACAUGGAUUCUUGCUGGUAUGAACACUGAGAAAACCUGUGUUUCAGUAUUAACCCUUUACAGAUCCAAUGAGAGCAUGCCAGAGCUGUACUCUCUCUCAGGGACAUGAUGAAAAGCUAAGUUAAUCUGCACUCGGAAGAAAUGUUUUAAUACAUGUAGUAGUUACUGCUUUGGUAGGAAAUUGCUUGCUGAUAAAAAAGAAAGAGAAUCUUUGACUGAGGUUGGGUCUUGGUGUCUCCAGCUGCUUUGGUGGCUCCUUUCCUUCUGUGGCCAAGCUCUCACCCGGGGCGGGCUCCCCUUUCCUGCCUCACACUGCCUCCCCUUCUCUCUGUCUCCUUGGGGACCUCUUUGAAGCCCUUUCAUAUAGCCCAUUGCUAUUUUCUUGAGCCAAAAGCAUUAGGGCCACCCUUAUAGCAUUUUCAUCUGUUUCUAAACUAGUCGUGAUUGGUUAAGAUAGCUUUUGUCUUCUUUGUCUCUCCUAUCAAACAUUAUGGCUGAUACUUUGGUCUUGAAGAAGGAAAAAAGAUCAGCAAUCCCAGCUAGAAAGAUAGAUUUUGAAGCGGUGGUGACAUUUCCCCUCUUAUCCUGUGUGUUUUCCUUGGCUAUGGAUUAGUUACCCAUGACAACACUAACGAGGAGGGGCCAGUGUUUUUCAAACUAGUGAACCCUGUUAGCAGAGAUGAUGACAGGAUUUCACAAAUUGCGUAACUGCAGACUCAGUGGACUGUUUUUGCUUAUUUUGUAUAUUACUUGCUUCCUCAUGCCAAUAAUGGGUGGACAGAGCCUUAAAAUUACUGAGCUUUUUCCAAAGACAUCUUUUUUUUUUUUUUUUUUUUUGCUUUUCUCUCCAAAUUUUUUUUACUGAGGUGAAGUUCUUAUAUAUCAUUGUGUUGGCUUUAGGGGUUAUAGAUUCAAAUCUCUAUAAAUGCAUAUUUUCAACACACCAUGCCCACCAGCAAAUCCCCAUUAUCCAACAAGAUGCUCUAUUGGGGCCCCUCCCUCUCUUGAUCCCACCCUCCUACUCUCCCCUUCUUGUCUAUUUGGCUUCAGAUGUCAAAGGUUUGUUAUUGGUUUGGUUUUAUCUGACCCUUUGUUUUAUUUCUCUAUAUUCCCCAUAUAAGUGAAACCAUGAAGUAUUUGUUUUUCUCCUUUUGACUUACUUUACUCAAAUUAUCACCUCUAGUUCCAUCCACGUUGUCACAAAUGACAAGAAUUCAUCUAUUUAUAUCUGACAGUAGUUCAUUGUGUUUGUGUAUGUAUAUGCACACAUGUACUCAACACAAGUGUUCCUUUUUCUCCACAUCUUCAGCAAUACUUGUUUCUGGUCUUUUUGAUAUGGACCAUUCUCCGGUGUGAUAUGGUAUCUCAUUGUGGUUUUCAUUUCCAUUUCCAUGGUGAUAAAUUAUGAUAAGUACUUCUUCUUAGGA